CGGUCCAAUCUGACUGUCCGUACAGAGGUGCAGUGUCCGCCCCUGCCGCCCCUGUCUGACGGACAGAUGACAGGAGGGUCUCUGUACGGGGACAAGGUCACCUUCAGCUGUGAGGACGGCUUCCAGCUGGCGGGCAGCUCGGAGAGGAUCUGUCAGGCCGACCAGCAGUGGAGCGGGACUCAGCCUUCCUGUCAGAGAAAGGAAUGUCCACAGCUGAAUUCUCCUGAUCACGGGACUGUAACUGGCGGGAAUCACUAUGGUGACGUCGCUACCUUCUCGUGCGACUCUGGGUACGAGCUGAGCGGGGGCGGCAGUAGGACAUGUCAGGCCGACCAGACCUGGAGCGGUACCGAACCCACCUGUACAGCGGUGACAUGUCCCGAUCUGGACGCGCCCCUGAACGGGAACAAAGUGGGCGGCAGCUCGUACGGCGACACCGUCACCUUCUCCUGCUCGGCUGGGUACCAGCUCACGGGAAGCUCUACACUAACAUGUCAGCACAACCAACAGUGGAACGGCACACAAUCCUCGUGUACAAGAAAGGAAUGUCCGGUCCUGCCAGUGUUAGACCACGGUGUGUCAACAGGAGGACAUCUGCAUGGAGACAUCAUCACGUUCUCCUGUCUGCCUGGAUUUCACCUCCAGGGGAACCAGACCAGGCUGUGCAGGGCCGACCAGACAUGGAGUGGAACACAGCCCCGCUGUGAACGUGUUAGCUGCCCACCUCUCCCGCCACCUACUAACGGGUACAUGACAGGUGGCGUCAUGUAUGAAGACGCCGUAAGUUUUACCUGUGAUGAGGGAUAUGAGUUGAUGGGGUCCCAGACUGCUGUCUGUCAAGCGGAUAUGACAUGGAGUAGCACUACGCAAGCAUGUCAGAAGAAGUCGUGCCCAGUUUUGGACGUGAUUCCAGACGGCACUGUAGCUGGUGGCCACCUAUACGGAGAUACCACCACCUUCACCUGCUCAGCUGGUUAUCAGCUGGUCGGUGACCAUCACCGCACCUGCCAGGCUAACCAGACGUGGAGCGGCCUCCAGCCAUUUUGCCAAAAGAGAUGUUGCACCCCGCCCACUGUUGGAAACGGUGAGAUUGAUGGAGGUACGUGCUUCAACGAUACCAUCACCGUCAGCUGCGACGUUGGAUACUCCAUAGUUGGGAACAGCAAGCUUACGUGUACAGAAGAUGGAGUUUGGGACAAAACUGCUCCAACCUGCAAGGAAAUCUGCUGCGAUGAGACACUCACCAUUGCCAAUGGAAGUGUUGUCCAGACCGGAGACGGAGGGUUUUGCUUUGGAAACAUCGUCAGCUUCUCCUGUAAUAUCGGGCACCAAUUGGUGGGAGACACCGCUGCAACAUGUCAAGAGGACGGCACGUGGUCAACUGUGCCAGUCUGUGAGAGGGUUUGCUGUAGUGAGGUUGGUAUAAUCCGUAACGGCCAGUCCACUACCACGGAGUCGUGCUACAGCGAUGUCGCAACCUUCUCCUGUGACCCCGGGUUCCAGCUGGUCUCCCGAGGUGAUGUCGUCUGCGGUGCAGACGGGGCCUGGCUCGGACAUGUGCCCUACUGUGAACCUGACAACCUGUGCAGCAAAGAUGCCCUGGCAAACCCCGAUGACGGCUACAAGGUUUGUUACUCGGCGGCGACGGGCGGAGAAGAUAAGGAAUUCUGCACCAUGCACUGCAAUCCACCAAAGUUGUACGGACUUGGCCGUGUGGUGACGUACCAGUGCGGAGACCACACCAGCUGGCUGUGGAUGACACAAGUCUCCAAUCUUCUCAAGCUUGUCUCGGUCUCAACAUGCCAAGACCCAUGGAACCCAUUCGGUAUGAUACAGAUAGGAGGACUAACCAUCACCAGCACAACCUCACCCAACCUGCACCAGAUCAGGCAGUACAUCAGGAGCGAACUGUGGAGACAGGGGCUGUGUCUGCCGCCGUGCAGGAUCAGUGACAUCUCUGUUGAAGCGGGAGUGAGGACCAGAAGGAGAAGGGACAUCUCCCCACUCACUGUGAUUGACAUCACCAUACAACUGUACAUAGAAGACAACAGCCAGCUGUCCCUACAGACAAACACCCUCCCUGCAGAUGUGGACGCACUUAUCAGGAAGUCUGCUCUUGAUAUCAAGACAGCUUUGUCAUCUGGUACCUUCCUGGUGCCAGUUAACGGUGAAAACCUCACCAUUGCUGACACGGGAGUCGCCAUCUCGGACCCCAUCGUAGGAUGUCCUGUGGGCUUCCUGGAGAAGCAUACUGACCCUGGAUGUCUUGCCUGUCCUCCCGGGUCCUUCCAUAACCCCAUGUCCAAAGCCUGUGAGCCGUGCCCGGUGGGGACGUACCAGACCAACAGCUCCCAGACUUCCUGCACGUCCUGUCCAGAAGGCACCACCACAUCGGCAGAGGGAACAAGUGACCCGGGGCAGUGCAAAGCUAACGCAUUCUGUGUAAAUGUCUGUUAUUUAGAAUAUUCAGACUGCAACUGUGGUCCGAACGCCUGUGUGCCUACAUCCCAGGGGUGGAGGUGUCAAUGUCCGACAGGUCACAUCCAGCAAGACGAUAAAUGCGUUGCCAUCACAGAGUGCCCCAUUGGUUCAACCAUGUUCCGAGACACGUGCUACCUGGUGUCUAACACCACAGCCACCUACAGGGCUGCUGGUGAGUCCUGCAGACAGCAUGGCGGACUGCUCGCUAUGGUCAAGGACAAGGACACUCAGGACUUCAUCAUUCAGAACUACAGUGGGAAGGACAUGUGGAUUGGCCUGGAUGACCGGCUGACUGAGGGGGAAUUCCUUUGGGCUGAUGGCUCCAGACUGGACAGCUUCACCUACUGGACAUAUGGUGAGCCCAAUGAUGGAGGAGGCUCGCGGUCCCAGGACUGUGUGCACCUGUGGCUAGCAGCACAACUACGCUGGGAUGACACCUCGUGUACUAGCAACAGAUUCUACAUUUGUCAGAUCAGCAAACAAACAUAGGGGCCCUAGCCUGUUUACAUUAUAAUGGUGCAUAUUUGU